AUGGAGUCCGUGAAGAUGCAGAAAAGGGGAUCCAGCCCGAUGAGCUCGCCUAGGAAGAAGCGGAAGCAUCUUGUUUCGACACUUAACAAACACUACAAAAGCAUCAAUAAGUUGGAUGACUACAGGCAAUUGUAUAUAUCGGAUAGCCGUAUGGACAUCUUCGUGUGGGGGACGGGUUCGAUGUGCGAACUGGGCUUGGGACCUCUGGCGAAGAACAAAGAGGUUAAGCGUCCUCGGCUGAACCCGCUGUUGCAGAGGGAAAAAGCAGGCAUUGUAUCGUUUGCGGUGGGGGGGAUGCACUGCCUGGCGUUGGAUUCGGACAACAAUGUGUGGUCCUGGGGCACCAAUGACUCGGGCGCCCUGGGCCGGGAUACGAGCGGGGCCGCUGAGCAAUUGCGGGACAUGGACGCUGCUGAGAGCAGCGAUGAUGAGGACGGGGACCUGAACGAGCUGGAGGCAACGCCCACGAUGUUACCUCGCGACUCGCUACCGCUAGACACGCAGAAGGUCGUCCAGCUGGCGGCCACGGACAAUUUGUCAUGUGUACUAUUUGAGAACGGGGACGUGUAUGCGUGGGGCACGUUCCGCUGCAACGAGGGGAUCCUGGGGUUCUAUCAGGACGCAAUUGAAUCGCAACGGUCUCCAUGGAAGCUACCAUCCUUCUCUGGGAGCCGUAUUGUGCAGAUGGCACCAGGAAAAGACCACAUCCUGUUCCUAGACGAGCAUGGCGUCGUCUACGCCUGGGGUAACGGCCAGCAGUAUCAGUUGGGGAGAAAGAUCAUGGAAAGAUCACGCUUGCGGACACUGGAUCCUCGUGCGUUUGGUCUUGAUGGUGUCAAGUAUAUUGCUUCCGGAGAGAACCACUCCUUUGCGCUAGCCGACGAUGGGAGACUUUUCGCCUGGGGUCUUAACCAAUUUGGCCAAUGCGGUAUCUCCAAUGAGGUCGAGGAUGGUGCCAUGGUUACUGUUCCAACCGAGGUAUUGCUGCCACCAGAUGUGAAGGUAGAAUCCAUUGCUGCUGGGGAGCACCACUCUAUUGUGUUAACACAGGACGGCGACUUAUACACGUUUGGAAGAUUAGAUAUGUUUGAGGUGGGCAUCUCAGCAGAGGACUACCCCGAGAGCACCUAUAAGGAUGUCCAUGGGAAGGCGCGUUCAGUUCCAGUCCCCACUAAGCUUAAAGGCCUUCCAAAAUUCAAGGCCAUCGCAGCGGGUUCCCACCACUCUCUCGCUGUGGCCAGAAAUGGUAUUAUAUACUCUUGGGGGUUUGGUGAGACCUAUGCGGUAGGCCUAGGUCCUGCUGGGGAGGAUGUUGAGGUUCCUACGAGGAUCAAAAAUACUGCCACGCAACAUGAAAGCAUUGUAUUUGUAGGUUGUGGUGGGCAGUUUUCUGUGGCUGGUGGUAUUGAGUUAAGCGAUGAAGAGGCCGAAAAGAGAGCAAAGGAGAUGGGAGAUGAAUGA